CCGCUUGUCCCCACACGUGCAAACAUUUUAAAUAGAGGACGCUGAGUCUGCUGUGGACCGAUCAGUCCGCGGCCCCGCAGAAUUCUGGACUUUUCUUCACGCUACUUGUUCACACAGAGAGAAGAGGAGGAAGCGGCUGGAGUGUGGACUCAUGUCUUCCUCUCUCCCCGGUGACACUCUGGUUAAAAUGCUGCCGGACGCUUACGGGUGCGUGGUGACGAACAGGUUCGGGGAACUCCUGGACGACGACGCGGACCCGUUCGACAUGAUCAGCGCAGUGGAGAAGGAGGAGGAGAAGAAGAAGAAGAAGAAGAAGCAGCAGCAGCAGCAGCAGCAGGAGGAUGAGAGGAAAGGGAAGCAGAAGAAACCCGGCCAGCGGGAGUCUCAGAAGGACAGGAGGGUCCCCAGAGCUCCGGAGAGUCAGGAACCAGCUCCAGUCCAAAAGCAGCAGCAGCAGCAGCAGCAGGCUCGUCCUGGACCAGUGACUGAGAGCAGAGAGGACAGAGAGGAGGCUCAGAGGGGCAUGAAGAGAGGUGCUGCUGGGGAGCGCAGGGCCAAUCUGGAGGAGAAGCCACAGGAGUAUUCAAUCUCAAAGCUGCCCUCUUAUGCAGACUCUGACCUCAGGGGCAGAGGAGGGCUCAGAGGCAGGAGAGGAGCACGAGGUGGAGGAUACACGAGGAACCCAGACAACUUCAACCUGAGGGGCAAGAGAGAGUAUGAUCGACACAAUGGAACAGGAAUAUCUCCUGAGGAAAAGAGAGGAGGCAGAGGACCCUGGAACUGGGGCUGUGUUGAAGAGGCUACGAGUGAGCUAAUGGAGGUGACAUCUAAUGUUCCAGUCAAAGCAGAGGAGCCCCAAAUAACUGUGGAUGAAGAGAAUCAGAAUCUAGCAACAGAAGAGGACGAUGGAGAGAUGGUGGUCCACGUUGCCAUGGAGAUGACCCUGGACGAGUGGAAGGCCAUGCAGGAGAUAAGUCGACCCAAGGCGGAGUUUAAUAUCCGCAAAUCGGAGAACAAGAUUCCCUCCAAAGCUAAAGUCAUCCACCAGUCAAAGCACCCGGAGAACCUCAAGGGCACCCCUCUGGAGGAGAUAGAGGACGAAGGCAACUUCCUCCGUCGGUCUGUGAAUGACAUCACCUCUCUUCUGGACAUCAACUUCGGGAGUCUUGGACGGCCCACCCGCGGGGGUCGAGGAAGAGGAGCUCGAGGUGGCAUGACUAACCGCCCAGAGAGACCUAAACCCAUAUUGGAGAAGGAGGGCGAUCCAGCUCCUAACCCCGACGACCCAGAAGACUUCCCUGCACUUCCAACAGGAAAAUAACUCAUCACACUCGUCUUCAUUCAACUCCUGUGAGGAGAAUUUGUUGCACUUCUUGCUUGACAACACUGUUUCCAAGUCCCUGCUUUUCUUAAGGUCUGGGGCUCUAUUGCACUAUUCAGAGUUUGAUUCCUGGAGAAUAAAUACUAUGUCAAGUUUA